AUGGCUAUGAGGAAAUAUGGGUUCGGGCAGAGCAAUUCUGAUCAUACACUUUUCUUGAAACGUCGAAUGGGAAAAUUGACGGCACUUAUCAUCUGUGUGGACGAUAUGAUUGUUACCGAUGAUGACAAAGAGGAAAUCUCAAGGCUCAAAGAUUACCUAGCAACCGAGUUCGAGAUGAAAGAUCUUAGUGGUUUGAAAUAUUUCUUGGGGAUAGAAGUAGCUCGAUCUAAACAGGGUAUAUUUAUUUCUCAAAGAAAAUAUGUUCUAGACUUAUUAGCUGAAACCGGAAUGCUUGAUUGUAAACCGGCUGACACCCCUAUAGUUCAAAAUCACCAUCUUGCCGUGCACCUUGAUCAAGUUCCCACUAACAGAGAUUGUUAUCAAAGGUUAGUUGGGAGGUUAAUUUAUUUAUCUCACACCAGGCCUGAUAUUGCAUACGCAAUAAGUGUUGUUAGUCAAUUUAUGCAUUCUCCGAGUGAGGCACAUAUGGGUGCAGUUGAACGCAUCCUACGAUACCUAAAGUCCUCACCGGGUAGAGGCAUCAUAUGUUCCAAAAAUCAUCAUUGCCGAAUAGAAGGUUACACUGAUGCAGAUUGGGCAGACAACGUUACUGAUCGUCGGUCCACAUCUGGUUACUUUACAUUUGUGGGAGGAAACUUAGUGACUUGGCGGAGUAAGAAACAAAAAAUGGUUGCUUUAUCAAGUGCAGAGGCGGAAUACAGGGGUAUGGCAAAAGGAGUAUGUGAACUAUUAUGGCUUCGAAGGUUACUUGGUGAAAUCGGGUAUCCUUCGAAUUCAGCCUCAGAUUUAUUUUAUGAUAAUAAAGCAGCUAUCGAUAUCUGA